AUUCGCAAAUAUUUAUUCUCCCUAUUUUUUGUUUAUUUAUUUACAAAAUUCCUCCUCAUCGAUUUCUCUUCUCCUCUCAAAUCUAUCCAUGUAAGACAGUCGCGCGAACAUGGCGAAAGAGAUGGCGACGUCAAGCGACGCCGAGGUCUCGAAUUGUGUCUCGGGUCUCAUCCGAGCAUUCACCGACAGCCUCAACGUCUUCAAGAAAUUACGCGAAACUAGGCGAAAGCGCAAAGAGAAGCGCCAAUCCAAAGACAGCCAGAAUGAAGUCGUCUCGCGCGCGGAGACGCAAUUGUCCAAGAGCUUGCGGCGAGGACCCAAAGACAUUGAACAAACAUACAACUUAGGUUACAGCCAGGUCGGUAAUCGAUUUGCAAAAGGUGAUGCGAUUGCCCAUGCUUCUCUUGCCGAGACAUUGAUCAGGUUGAAUACGGGACUCGUGAGCAUCAUAAAUACCUUCUUGCAUCAUGAUCCCAAAUCCAGCCCUCUCCACUUGGACUACAAGUCCUUGACGAGUUUAUCAGACGCUUCGCGGGCAGAAGCUGUCAGCUCGUUGAACUUGCUGUGCCAAAGGAUGAGCCAAUCACAUAUAAAUCUGCAUGUUCAACGAAUUGGUGUAUGCCCCAAAUGUGGAAGUGGAAAGCACUUCAAUUGCUCCGGGGCCGUGAGGGGCGACGAAGUGGUCGCGAAACCCAAAAGCAAUGUGAAACGAAGGUCGUCGACGUCAAGAUCGAGACCGAGUGGCCCAACAGUCAUGAAGUGGCAAGUGAAAGGCUCAGGCCAACCGCAACUCGUAGUCCUCCGCCCGAAGCCUUCUUCCAAGAAAGGUACUUCAAGUAGCUCAAGCUCUACAAAGUCUCAGGCGAUAACUGCAAUGAGCUCCCCCGAAGCUUCACCCCUAGGGUCACCACUGCCACUGUAUUCCGCUCAGGACCCAUUUCCCCCGCAGAAGCCAUCGCACGCGAAAGCCAACCCGCCAAACCAGGGGAGAAGACGCGCAUCCUCCAUCGAUGGCCCUCGCCCAACCACCUGGCCAUUCACCAAACCCGAGAUCAACGUACCGGUCCAGCCAAUGCCUCCGUCAAUGCCACCGCCGCCAGUGCCAAAGAUGCCUUCCCAAUCUCCCAAGAAAACGAAAACAUCAGCCUUGAAAGAGAAAGAAAAAGAGAAGUGCGUACCACUAUCUGCGAUCCCCUCCCCAGUGAGACGCAGAAUCGACAAGGUGACCCCAUCGACCUACACCUUCGCCUCGGACAGCACGAAGCUCGGGGAGAUCCCUGAGAGAAACUGGACGAUACCCUGGAAUUACGAAGAAGCAGAGCGCCUCAAUGCCCAGGCCGCACUCAUCGCCCACGCGCCACCACCCCCAGAAGAAGCCAAGCUGAAGAAGAAGAAGCGAUUCAAGUUCCUCAGGAGAGAGUCCAGGGCGUAGAACCUCGAACCCCCCCACAUUCCAAAACACACCCCCAUCAUCAAUUAUGAUUUUCCUUUGUCGGCGUAUAACGGCCUCUUUCCACUUUCCGGUUUUCCCAACUCAUGUUUUCCUUUGGUUGCGGCGGCAGAAUCAUAUGAAACUUUUCCUCUACUUUAACGACGAUUUUAUGACCCAGAGAUACCUUACCAUUCACGAGAUGAGCGCAAAUACCCGCGGCAUAUGAACGCUUUUCCGAUUAUAUCUGUUUUUUGUUAUUCGUUUGCCAGCAGAGCUGAAGAUUGUAUAUUUAUUACCUUCUACUAGAUUGAAUAGUUAAUUAUUUAUGGUUCGCAUGACUGUGC